AUGACAGGUCAGGUCUUGGGGGAACCGGGCAGCGUGGCUCACAUGGACGACAUCCGCAUCAACGUGGGCGGCUUCAAGAAGCGUCUCCAGUCGGACACACUCUCCCGGUUCCCCGAGACGAGGCUUGCGCGUCUACUUCAGUGCCAGUCCAAAGAGUCCAUCCUGGAGCUGUGCGAUGACUACGAUGACACCGAGAAAGAGUUUUACUUCGACAGGAAUCCUGCGCUCUUCCCCUACGUGUUGAAUUUCUACAACACUGGGAGACUGCACGUCAUGGCCGAGCUGUGCAUCUUCUCCUUCAGCCAGGAGAUCGAGUACUGGGGCAUCAACGAGUUCUUCAUCGACUCCUGCUGCAGCAGCGCCUACCACUGUAGGAAAAUGGACCAGGACCGGGAAGACUGGGACGACCGGAGCGAUGAGGGAAGCACCACAUCAUCUUUUGACGAGCUGUUGGAGUUUUACAACGACGCCACCAAGUUUGACAAGCAGCUGCUGGGGAGCGCACGGAGACGCGUGUGGCUCAUGCUGGACAACCCCGGCUACUCCGUGGCCAGCCGCAUCAUCAGCAUCCUUUCCAUCCUGGUGGUGCUCGGCUCCAUCGCCACCAUGUGCAUGAACAGCAUGAGCGAGUUCAGCCUAUUAGACAGUGAGGGCCAACCCACGGAGGACCCACGUUUCGAGACCGUGGAGCACUUUGGCAUCGGCUGGUUCACUCUGGAGCUGGUUGCCAGAUUUGUGGUGGCCCCAGAUCUGCUGCACUUCUUCGAUCACCCGUUGAAUGUAAUAGACCUGGUGUCCAUACUUCCGUUUUACCUGACACUCCUCAUAAACUUGGUGGUGGAGAGCAGUCCAGCGCUGGCCAACCUAGGACGCGUUGCGCAAGUGCUGAGGCUGAUGAGGAUUUUCCGCAUCCUGAAGUUGGCCCGUCACUCCACGGGGCUGCGCUCCCUCGGGGCCACCCUCAGGAACAGCUACAAAGAAGUGGGCCUGCUGCUUCUUUACUUGGCCGUCGGGGUGUCAUUUUUCUCCGUCAUGGCCUACACGGUGGAGAAAGAGGACAGCGAGGACCUGUCCACCAUCCCAGCGUGCUGGUGGUGGGCCACCGUCAGCAUGACCACGGUGGGGUACGGAGACGUGGUGCCGGUGUCUAUAGCGGGCAAGCUGACCGCCUCGGCUUGCAUCCUGGCCGGGAUCUUAGUUGUUGUGCUUCCGAUUACGCUCAUAUUCAAUAAAUUCUCCCUCUUCUACAAGAGACAAAAGCAGCUCGAAAUCGCAAUGAGGAGCUGCGAUUUCGACGAGGGGAUAAAAGAGGUGCCCUCGGUUAACCUGAGAAACUAUUAUGCACACAAAGUGAAAUCCCUCAUGGCGAGCUUGUCAAACAUGAGCCGCAGUUCACCCAGUGAACAGAGUCUGAAUGAGUCGAUACACUGAACCGGUGUGAUCCAGGACACAGUGUGACUGCGUGAGGAGCUGACCAGGGUGCUGAAGCCUGUGCCGCACCAGUCUGCUUCCUUCCACUGAUGUCUGACCAUUUGCCUCUCUGUAGCUCAGUGCAAUAAUGUGUUAAUCUAUGUGUCCCUCACAAUGAGAAAGCAAGCAAAUGUACAGGACAGCCUGAAUAUGAAAUCUCACUGUGCACUCUUGUGGCCCCCCACAUCCAAGCAGGCCACCACUCUGACCGGAUCAGAUGAAAAAGACAGAGAAUGCUGUAGUUGUUUACAGUCGUAGACAGUGUCACACUAUAGUCCUCCUUCCAGCUGUACUUGUGAUCAAAUAUGUCUGAAGUAACUCCAGCUGUACCUUUCUUUGGAAGAAUCUUGAUGUGUAAUUGUGGUGUUGCAACAAUACUUCAGAUGUGUGGUUAAAGCAAAAUGUAUUAAACAAAAAAACAA